AUGCUACAUCCUGCAAAGGGCCACUUACGGAGCGCAUCGACUGCGAGCUUCGUGCGCCUUGCUAGACAUCGCCCGCAGUGCCAUCACCAAUAUCGUGGUCGGCAGUCAUGGCUGGCGCAUUCGAGAUGGCAGACCACUGUCGCCGCAGUCGCGCAAACCACGCCGACUGAAGCCUCGGAUCGUGCGCGCUCGAGGAGCCUUGCCAUUCCAUCCGAUGCUCGUUUCAAUGAGAUAGGCGUGCAACAUCUUAGCUCCCACGUCUACGACCAGAUCUUCCCGAACGGUAGCCAACCUCCCCCGAAAGAUCUAGUAGAGCUGUCGAAAGACCAUCUGCGCCGUCACGAUCUGCUUGGCAAGAACACCGACAACAAUGCACCAAUCGCUUUCGACAUACCCCCGAUCCAGGGGCAAACCAUGGACGAACACUUCUACAAGCUCGGAAUCGAUUGCGCCGAGCCGUUCCUGACCUACGCGAAGCAGUUUGCGAGAGAUAAUGGACCUUCGCGACCAAAGAAAUGGGUGAGACGCAGCGGCUGGACAAAAUACUACCCGGACGGCCGGACCGAGAUGGUCGAGGCUCCCGACGACAACAUGCUGUCUUUUGACGUCGAGGUCAUGUGGAAGGAAAGCUCGUACGCUGUCAUGGCUUGUGCGAUGAGCCCGACCGCGUGGUACGCCUGGUUGUCACCGUGGCUGCUGGGCGAGUCCGAGUCUGACCAACACUUGAUUCCGUUGGGCGACCCAAGUAAGGACCGAAUCAUCGUGGGACACAACAUAGGCUACGACCGAGCCAGGAUCCUCGAGGAGUAUGAUCUGAAGCAGACAAGGAACUCAUUUCUGGAUACCAUGUCUCUACACGUGGCGGUCAACGGCAUGUGCUCCCAGCAGCGACCCACGUGGAUGAAGCACAAGAAGAGCAGGGAGCUUCGAGACAAGAUCGCCAAUGAGACGCAAGAUAUGGAAUUGGCAACCCUUCUAGCCAGUAAUACCAUGCGCGAGGAUGAGGAAGAACUUUGGGUCGAUCGCAGCUCCGUCAAUUCCCUUCGGGAUGUCGCCAAGUUUCAUCUCAAUGUUGCCAUCGACAAGGCCGCUCGCAACGACUUUGGCGAAUUGGAUCGGGCAGGCGUGGUAGCAAAGCUGGACGAACUUCUCGAUUACUGCGCGGCCGACGUAGCAAUCACUCACCGAGUCUACAAGACUGUUUUUCCAAAUUUCCUCGAGACCUGCCCCCAUCCUGUCAGCUUUGCUGCGUUACGGCAACUCUCGUCUGUUAUACUACCUGUCGACAAAUCAUGGGAUGCAUACAUCGCGAAUGCCGAGGCGACAUACCACAAGCUGUCCGAUGCCGUCCAGGAGCGACUGAUCGGCCUGACAGACAAGGCGCUGGAGAUCAAGGACGAUGAGCCGAAGUGGAGCAAUGACCCGUGGUUGAAGCAGUUGGACUGGUCGGGCCAAGAGAUCAAGAUGGUCAAAGGAAAGAAAAAGAACGAUCCGCCGAGGCCGGCAGCCCGACAGAAGAAACCUGGCAUGCCGCAGUGGUACAAGGACUUGUUUCAGAAGAAUGAUGCGCCGAUCAACCUUAGCGUCAGAACACGAAUCGCGCCUCUUCUGCUACGACUUGCAUGGGAUGGGUACCCGUUGCACUGGUCUGAUAAGUACGGUUGGGCUUUCAGAGUGCCACGGUCAGACGCCUCGAAAUACGACUCGACCCAACUAGUCCGGUGUGACCUCUCAGAUGAGCCGAUCGAAGCUCUGAAGAAUGAUCGAGAUGGUCUGUUCAUCAAGCUUCCUCACAAGGAUGGACCGUCCUCGCGAUGUGCGAACCCGCUGGCUAAAGGGUACCUCAGCUACUUCGAAAAGGGCAUAUUAUCGUCGGAGUAUACGUAUGCAAAAGAGGCACUCGACAUGAAUUCGUCAUGCUCGUAUUGGAUCAGUGCACGAGACAGAAUCAUGUCACAGAUGGUUGUCUACAAGGAUCAGAACCCCUCUGCGGCGAAAGCACCGGGCCGGAAAACGAAUGACCAUGAUCAGGGUUACAUCUUACCGCAAAUCAUCCCGAUGGGUACCAUUACCCGGAGAGCAGUUGAGAAUACCUGGUUGACGGCCAGCAACGCAAAGAAGAAUAGGGUUGGUUCCGAAUUGAAGGCCAUGGUCAAAGCACCGCCCGGGUAUUCCUUUGUUGGUGCAGAUGUCGAUUCUGAAGAGUUGUGGAUUGCUAGCGUUGUUGGAGACUCGACGUUCAAACUUCACGGAGGUAACGCUAUCGGCUUCAUGACCCUCGAAGGCACCAAAGCUGCCGGCACAGAUCUUCACUCUCGCACAGCCUCGAUUCUUGGGAUAACUCGUAAUGAUGCCAAAGUGUUCAACUAUGGCAGAAUCUACGGUGCCGGACUCAAGUUUGCUGCCACCCUCUUAAGGCAGUUCAAUCCUAGUCUUUCGGAGCAGGAAACGCUCGAUAUAGCUGGCAAGCUGUAUACUACGACAAAGGGAACAAAAACGAACAGGAAACAGCUACACAAGAGACCUUUCUGGAGAGGCGGUACAGAGUCUUUCGUCUUCAACAAGCUCGAGGAAUUCGCGGAACAGGAACGCCCACGGACGCCAGUGCUUGGAGCUGGUAUCACCGAGGCCCUGAUGGGUCGUUUUAUCAGUAAGGGCGCCUAUCUCACUUCACGUAUCAACUGGGCCAUCCAAUCGUCUGGCGUCGAUUAUCUCCAUCUCCUUGUCGUCGCCAUGGAUUAUCUCACCCGGCGCUUCAACAUCGAUGCCCGUCUGGCCAUCACUGUGCACGACGAGAUCCGGUACCUUGUCAAAAACGAAGACAAGUACCGAGCUGCGAUGGCACUUCAAGUUGCUAACCUCUGGACGCGGGCUAUGUUUGCCCAACAAGUUGGCAUUAACGACCUCCCUCAGUCAUGUGCUUACUUCUCGGCCAUCGACAUUGAUCAUGUCCUCCGCAAAGAGGUGGACAUGGACUGUGUGACGCCCAGCCAUUCGACGCCCAUACCACAUGGGGAGAGCAUAGAUGUCAAUCAAUUGCUCGAGAAAGGGGACCAGGCCUACCUCGACCCACGCAUCGUUCCAUCGAGUUUUGCCCCAAAUCUGAAGGGCAUCGAAUAUACCCCAAGAAUACCCGUAAUGGAGAGCUUGGCGGCCCAGGACCCCAAAGAUUUACGAUUCUUGAAGGCACAAAUCACCAAUGACGAAAAGGAACUCCGCGACAUCCUCAAGGAUCAGAAGAAGACCUCCGGUAGCGGCUCAACAGGAGGCACCGUUAGGAAACCUAGGCAGAGGAAGCUGGUGCCGUACAGCUCCCAAGCUCAACUAAUACCACACAUGUACGAACCAUUCGAGGCGAAGUUCACUUCCUCCCGACAUAAUUACGACGGAGGGCAGUGGACCUUUGAGCCAAUGCCGACCUCGCGCUGGAAGAACUCCCGGCCUGGGCUCUGA